UUUAUCCUCUGUUCCGCAGCUGUGUCUUUUUUUUCUGUGAUACUGUUCCCAUCGAUGUGAAUCAAAAAUGAGUUGAACAGAUGCUACUGUCAUGUUUUCCCGGCGGAUGCUUCUGCGCCACGCAGAUCAAGACUUCUUGGUAAUCAAGAACGCAAUACUCUCUCGGACUAGACUCCAAGGAGAUCUCUAUGAAGAUCGUGCAUUUCCGGUACGGGUCAAGGAUGCUGCAUGUUCGUUCCCCAGUGCCAUAUGGAAGCAUUUCAAGGAAGUCAUUGGGGAGGAUCCUGUUUGCAUCCACCAACGGGACAGUGUCACGACUUUCAUCAGAGGUGCUUUGGACAUUCCUUGGCUGAUCGUCUUGGGAACAUUGAUUGCGUCUUCCAGCGAUAUCCUCCAGAAGAUCUUCCCGGAUUUGAACGGACAUGCAACUGGCUGCGAGCAGUCAAUCUUCCGUGUGCACCUUUGGAAGUGGGGGAAAUGGCACGAGAUUGUUCUCGAUGGUCGAGUCCCUGUCGAUUCCACUUCGAACACCAUUUUGUUGACUCGAUCAAAGAUCAACAAUGAAAUCUGGCCAACCCUACUGGAAAAGGCCUUCGCCAAGUUAUUUGGUGGCUUUGAAAUACUUACCCGGCUCACUUUGCCGGACGCGUUAGUUGCGUGCACAGGAGGUGUUUUGUAUUUCACGGACUUGCGAACAGAGACAUUUUUGGCAGAUGCGAGUUCAGAACGUAUGCUAUAUCGUCGGAUCCGGCGGGAACUUCGGAAUAAUGCGCUUAUCUGCUGUCGAAUACCGGUGGCAAAUGCACAGAGCAGCAGCGUCGGCUCUGCAUCCUCAUCAACAAACAUGCCCUUCGGGCUCUUGAAGGGCCACUUCUUCACUGUGUUGGAUGCCAGGACGAUCCCGAUGCUCUCAUUGCGUGGCAUCAUUCGUGGGUCCGGGUUGCGAGACAAGCUGAUGGUCCUGCGACUCUGCGACCCUCUGCACGAACAAUCCACGCAAAACCUGCGGGGUUCCCGUCGCCGCGGAUCCCAUUCAUUGCAAAAGUCUCGCACUGCGUCUGCCUUGCUUCCGGCGGCGUCCCCUGGCGCCAUUUUAGAACAUUCUCUGUCUUUCCCGAACGCGUGCACGUUGCCCAGGGAAGGGUCUCGUUCAGAGGCCGGCUACAAUGCCAAGUACAACGUGUCUCAUCCGUUUUCGGCUCGUCUCAUGCCCGACGAGGUCUUCAAUCUCGGACUGGCUGAGCCGCAAACGAAUGCGUUUGACGCCGAAGCUCGGGCAUCGGGGCAAGAAGGCUGGUUGCGGAUGCAGGACUUCAUCCGGUUUUUCAUCGACGUUGUUAUUUGUACGAAUUGUUCCCCGAGUGUCGCGAGCAGUGUGACGAGGAAGAUGCGGAGACGGGGUUCGGGGCGUUGGAGGAAGGAGGAACGCGUCAAGGGUUCCUGGACCCUGGGUGACACUGGGUCCUGGCUCGAUCGCUCGGGUGGAGGACCGCAUUGUGACACCUUUUUGAACAACCCUCAAGUGAGUCUCGCGGUUUUUGUGAGGCAGUGUCGCAUUACGGUUGGUGUCAUGUGCGAAGGCAAGUCGUGCAGAAGCUGGGCCGCAAAAAUGCCUCAGGAUGCCGCCAACAACCCGCAGCUGUUUUGGAACCUUGUCGGGUUCGACUCUGUGUUUUACCGGAAAAGCCUGACCUCCAAAAUUCUUUUGGAGGUGCACAAGAAGGGGUUGUUGGUUCCAGUGCUUUUGGGCAGGUGUGAAAUCACAGCCAGUGACGUGACACAGACGCACGAAGCCGGCGAAGAGCGGAUAUUCAAUUUGACAAACACUCGUCGUUUCCGCGACAUCCGGGACGAAGACUUCCACUUCCUUCCGGACACCUUGGAGGUGGAGAGACGACUCUCUGUGUACAGUAUUUGCGUCUCGCUGAAAACAGUGGCCAAUUUCAAGGACCUUUGAGACUUACGAAUCGUUGUGUCCUCCCCAUUUUUUCUGCGUUGGCUGUCUUUUCAAGGGCAUUUUUUCAGAGAUAUCCUCUCUUGAUGACGGGACUUUCGUAUUGCGUGUCUUUCUUUGGGAUAGAGAGAGAGAGAAAAGCGUGGGGUUUUUUCCACACUCUCACCAAUGUUUUUUUGGUUGUUUGUGUCUUGCCAGUAUUUGUGUAAUAUCUUGGAAGUAUUUUUUGGUGUUCAAUUUUAUCGAGUCUCAGGGCUUCUGCGAGAGCAGCUGGAAUAUGGAGAGACCUUUUUUUCCUAGGGAAGAGACUUAUUGGUGUUUUAGAGAUCACGACCCAGGUUUUUUUGAUGUGCUUGUAGUGAGUAAGGUAUGUAAUUCUUUGGUGUUGAGACGGAGAAGAAAAGGUUGGUGAUGCGGAGAAUUUUGAGGAAAAAGUAUUUCGAAGUGGGAUUAUUAUGAGACUGAGUCUCUCUUUCUUACUAUUCGAGGCAGUAGGAUAUUCCCUGUAUUUUACUGUUUAACCCAGCAAAACGAGGGAUUUAUUUUCAAAGGGACGAAUAUCUCGCACUUUUUGAACCUCUCAGAAGUGGAAGAAGUUCGCUUUCGAGACCUGAAUAAUUUCUUUUUUCUUCAGCUUCUGUUGAUCUUAAUGCUUGAAGCUGCUUUAAAAAUACAAAUAAAAAACACCUUAUUCUGUGGUCUGUUCAGCAAUUUCAUAGGAGUGAUCCGCAAUUUUUUUUGUUGCAAAAAGUAUCUGUUGUUUCGGAUGAAAAUUUCAGGACGUAUCAAAAUUCCCAUCGAUUUAAAAUUUUUACAAAUAUUAAUUCCUUGAAUUUAGAAGGUAAUAUUUAAUUUUAUAUGCAAGUCAUAUUUUAAAGUUUUGUAAAUUUGAUUUUGUUUCCUGGUCUGUUCAACAAUUGAAUGAGAAAGGCCCGCACAUCUUUUGUUGUUGCAAAAAUAUCAUUUUUUUGUGUGGAAAAUAUCGUGUCUUGUGGAAUCCCUAUCGAUAAAUAUUUGUAAAAAAAUAUUAAUUCC